AUGCCGCUUGUUCGCGGCCCGGUCUUCGACUUGUUGCUACUCGAGCUCCUCGAGCUGCUGGACGGGCGGGCAACGCUUCGCCUCUUGGCGCUUUGCCGCGACGCCCGUAGGCCAGAGCGGGCGGCGCGGGGCGCCGCCGCGCGGAGGCUCGCAGAAGAUUUCGCGGCUUUCCUGCAAGGCGCGCGCGUUCGCUUGCCGGGCUUCGAGCUCUGCGACUUUCUCGAAGCGCGGGCCUGUUGGGACUUCAACGAGGAGCGGGCAAACCGCUUCCGCCCGCCCGCCUUUUUAGCCGGCGCCUUCUGCGCGGGCUCGCAGUUCCAGAUGCGGCACUGGAUUGAUCGCUAUUGGCGCCUCCGGGGCCUCGAUCCAAUGGAAGUGCUGCAGCGGCUCAACUUCUUCGACUUGCUUGGGGGGCCAGAGUUUGACUUCUACCUCGGCUUGCUGCGCAAGGGCCAGGCUCGCUUCAUCUACUCGCGCGAAGUCGAUCGGCCUGGCGAUUUCCGCGGCUGCUUGGCGGCGGGCGACGAAGACGACGAGGAGCCGCCCUUCGACGCCGGGCUGGCCAUUGUGUUCCGCUGCGACCACUUCCUGACGGCUGUUUGCGCGCGGCAAGCUCGGCCGGCGCAGCCGCGGAAGAGAGGAGGCGGAGGCGAACAAACGGCGAGAGACGGAGAAGAGCGGAGGGGGGGCGCGGCCUGCUGCUUGUCGCCGCUGCUCUUUCGACGCAGCUCCGGGCCCAAGCCACUUCCAGCUUCGCCGCGCAUGCUGCAAACGCUGGGCCAGCGGCCCCGAUGGGCCGACGUGUGGGACUCCGAAAGCGACGAGAGAGAGGAUGACGCGGUGGGCGCGCGGCAGGCGCCCGCGGCCGCGGCUCUCUCUGAGGCCCGGGCUGACAACGGCGCUCUCUGGCGCGAAGUCGCCGCCUUUGCGGGGGCGACCACGGGGCCUUGCGCCUACUUGCGGCUUCCAACUUUGGCCUUGUGGCAGGCGCGGCUGCGCCGAAAGUGCGAAGUCCAAAUUUUUGUGCUCUUCCUAGGCUUCGUUUCGGAGCGGCGCCUGUCCCGGCCUUGCCGGCGGGCGGUCCGGGCUUGGCAAGGGCGGCUGAAGGCUGCCGCCUUGGACUGCGACUUUCCGUUUCCUGUGUGGCGAGACGUGGUCUGCUUUGACCGCUUCCGCCGCGGCCGCCCUUGCAUCCGGCUGAGUUUGGACCGGGCCCUGUUCGCAGCCGCGGGGUUCUUGAGCGGACCGCCGACAGUCGCAAAACGCAAGACGUUGCGGGCGACAGCCGGCGUGGACCGCGAGAGUCGCGCGCCUUGUCUUGCAAGGGAGUUGGCGAACGCCGUGGCCAUUUGCGAGACGCUCAAGCCCUCGACCGCGCCGCCGCCCUCCAGCUUUCUGCGAGCAGGACCGAACUAUGGCUCCUUCUUCGGACAAGGCACGGCGGAAAAUGUCGCCGCGGUCUGCGUCUUGGCGGUGGUCGGCGUGCCCGGGGACGGAAAUUGCCUCUUCCACGCCCUUGCGGCGCAAGACCGGGAGGCGCGUUGUGGGGAAGAGCUGCGCGCCGAGCUGGUCGACUUCCUGGAGCGCAAGGCCGGCGACCAGGACGGCGUCGAAGAGGUUUGGCGAGAAGAGGCCGAGCACUUGCGGGGGCCCCCGGUCGAGCGCUGGGGCGGAGCCGUGGCAAUCUCGGCCUACUCCUUGCUUCGGCGGCGGCGAGUCUUCGUGCACGUCAAAGUCGCGGGCGCCGACGCCGCAGAGGUCUGGAGCAACUCCCACCCGCUUGUCGACGCUGACGCGCCGGUCGUUCACCUCCUCUACGACGGCGUGGGCCACUACAACGCCUUGGUCGAAGUCGAGCUCUCUGACGAGAUGGCCCCGGCGUGGCCGCAGCCGCCGCCGUCGCUUUGCUUCGCUCCGGCGCUCGCGGAAGCCGCGGGCGCCAAGGCGGGCGGGGUCUACGCGAAGGACGGGGCUGGGGUUGCGCCGCAGUCGCUGAGAGACGGCGCUCGGCGCGCGCGGCCAGGCGCCGGCGCCGGGACAAGGCGGCCAGCAGUGCCCCCUGCGACGCGCGCGGCCAAGGAGUUGGCGCAGGAGCUCUGCGCCUGGCCGGCGCCCUCGCCGCGCGCCAGCGAAGCCCAAAUUGCGGCCGGACGGGUCGUCGGCUGCUCGCUCCGCUGCGCGUUCGACCGGCCGCGCCCGCAGCAGGACGUUGACAUGGCUUCCGCUACCGCGGCAUCUUCGAACGCCGCAGCGGGCAAGGCGGCGGUGAUCUGCGCCUUGGCGGUCGUCGACGUGCCCGGCGACGGGAAUUGCCUCUUCCACGCCCUCGCGACGCAGGACGAGGUGGGCCGCUGCGGGGAGGAGCUGCGGGCGGAGCUGGCGAACUUCCUGGAGAGCGAGGCCUUCCACCAGGACGGAUUCGAGUGCUGGGGCGGGGCCGUGGCCAUCUCGGCCUACUCCCUGCUUCGACAGCGGCGGGUCUUCGUCCACGUCAAGGUCGCAGGCUCCGACGCCGCAGAGGUCCAGGACAGCUCCCACGCAGUUGUCGACGCCGAUGCGCCGGUCGCCCACCUCCUUUACAACGGGGUAGACCACUACAGCGCCUUGAUCGAGGCGGAGCUCUCCGGCGCGAUGGUCCCGGCCUGGCCGCAGCCGCCGCCGCCGCGCUGCUUUGCCCCGGCGAUCACGGAAGCUGCGGGGGCCACGGCGGCCGCUGUCUACGCAGAGGACUGUGUUCGCUUGCGCGCCGAGAACAAGGGGUCAACUUCGCGGCCAGGCCGCGGACUUGGCCGCGCGCCGCGGCCCGCCCAGCCCGCUCCGACGAAGUCCCGGCGCCGCCUUUGGGAAAAGACCACGCCGGCGCCGGAGCUGCAGGACGACGUGAUGGAAGAGGUUGGCAAAGCCUUCGUGAUCCCCGCAGCCCAGACCUCCCACCCCUUCCGCCCCCUAGAGGACGCGGUGACGGAAUUGGCGCUGAAGCUCCGCCUUCAGCCGACACUCCCGCCGGGCGCCGACGAAGCUGAGCUGAAGGAUGGAGCGGUCUGGCCCCGCACCUUCUGCACCUUUGACGGCUGCGGGUGGGAGGCGGCGGACGGCCUGGAGGCGGACCUAGCCCGACAUCUCGAGACGGAGCACGCCGAAGACUUGCAGCCCAUCGCCGCUUGCCUGCUCAGGCCUCGCUGCCCAGACGCGCUGUCGAGCGUUUACAGUGAGGCGGUCGCUCAGCGCUGCCGCGCCGACGCGCCGCUGGCGGGGUGCUCUUUGGACCGCACCGCGCUGCGCUCCUUUGCCAAGGCGACCGCGAAGGACAGCGUGGAGGCGCUGAUUUGUUUCUGCUGCGCCUGCGUCUACACCUGCGUGGCGGAGGUCGGGGAGCGCAGCGAGAUCCAAUGGCGGCGGCCACUGAGCCGCGCGCCGUCGGGGGAGCUUCUCUUCUUCGGGCGGCCGGCGGCUGCUGCGGCGGAGGUCCUCGGCUUGGAGCACUUCCUCAACAAGUACGACCAGCUCAACGGCCCCGGCAAGAAGUUGUCCGACCACGAGACCUUCGCCUCCUGGAAGUUGCGGCUGCCUGGGCCCGACGACGUCGAGCUCUUGUGCUGCCCGGAAGACCACCGCUGCGGCGCGGCCCCUGAACACGUCGCGGAGGGCGUCCUCUGCGAGCACUGCGAGCUGCCGGUCUGCGGCGAGUGCCUCGACCAUCUCGCAGAGGCGGAACUGCCCCCGCUCAGCUUGGCGAACGACAUGUGGACGGGCUACGCCCCGGAGCGGAUCUACACGGAGGAGGCGACCGUGAUGGAGCUGAUCUGCGCCUCGCCCUGCGUGACCACCCUGAUUUGCAUGUCUAUGGAGGCGCGGUUCCGCAGCGAGGCCGGCGCCCUGGACGAAGCGGCUCACAUGGCCAGGCAUCGCUUCGGGGCUCGAGGCAACGCUCUGUCCUUCCCGCUGCCCUGGGAAGACGUCUUGCAGGCGGGCGGCGACCGGGCGGCGGCGCUGCCGCGCAGUGGGGCGGAGCUCGGCCAACUGGUGGUGGUCAACCUCGUCUUGGACAUGAAGCGCCUGGGCCACCCGUCCUUCGCGGGCGCGGACGAGGAAGGCGUGCGACUUCGAGCCGCCGCGCUUCCGACCGACGGGGCGCCGCCCGAGGUGUUGAAGGUCGUGGCCCAGGUGGACGCCGACUUCGACGACGCCGAGGACAAGUCGCAGCCGCAGAAGGCGGCGACGCCGUGCGACGGGCGGCAAGAGGACGUCGCCGCCGCCGGCGCGACCUUUGCCGCCCAGCGAGCGCGGGCGGUGGUCGCGGAAGGCUGCGCGGAGGAAGACGCCAGUCAAGCCGCGGCGGCCGCGCUGAAGAAGCUGCGGGAGGAGCUCGCGACGGAGGCGGAGCUGCGGAGCAUGGAGAAGCUAGAAGUCAGGGCCGGCAAUCAGCUCGUGGACCAGUUCCAGCCCCUCUACUUCGCCACGUCCGGAACUCUGCAGCGCGCGCGGAAGAAGAAGAAGGGCGCCGCAGCAGGCGCGAGAGGCGCGGCGACGGGGGGCGAAGAAAAAUCGAAAGGGCGACGCCGGGCGCCCAGAGUGAAUAUCCGCGCCUGGGCCGCGGCCAUGCAGCGCCGAGUUGAGGCGCAGUUCCGACGCGACUGGACCUUCGGCUUCGCAGUCUGGAACUACCUCUUCCGGACGGCGGUCAACCUGCAGAAGAACGCCUAUAUGUUUUCGGCGCCCAACGCCGACGGCGGCGGCUAUCACUCUCUAAAGCCGGAGGAGAUCGUCGCGGGCGCCCAGGAGCUCGCCCGCCGCUUGAACGGCACUUACACUGACGUCAACGGCGGGGAGAAGCCGGUCCGCGGGGAUUUGACUAAGCUACGCUUCGCGAACUUGCAGCCCGCCGCCCGCAAGAUCUUGGCCAACGUCGAAGCCCGGGCCGCAAACAUCCCCGGGACCCACGAGGUGCGCAAGACCAUGCGCCUCCAGACCCACGCCUACCACACUGCCCUGAUGCUGCGCCUGGCGCGCGUGCGAGAAGAGGACCCCGCGCUGCUCCGGGACGGCGCGAAGCGGUUCCAGGCCCGCGGCGCGCCGGCGCUGGACGAAGAGUUCUGCCGGCUCAGCCCCGAGGCCUUGGCGGAGAGCCUGCCGAACUACGAGGACAGGCGCGCGCUGCUAGCCAGGGACCCGCUGGCCUGCGCGGAGGGCUUCAGGACGCUCGUGCUCCUGACGCUGCGCCACCUCUUGGGUGUCAGGUUCUGCCCGCACUGCCCCAACUGCGCCGCUUCGGAGCGGCCGUGCAGCGACGCGUUCGGGAGCAACGCCUUGGCCACGGGCGGGGUUUUGGGCAGGGUCGACGCGGUGUUUGGCUCCAUCGAGUGCCAAAAGAGCGGAGCCCUCCACGCCCACAUGCAAGUGUUCGUCCAGUGCCGCCAUCAGCGCGACUCGCUGGCCAGCCUCCUUGACUUGGGUAAGCCCAAGAUCCAAACCUUGCUGCAAAGGUAUGCCUCCUACACUGCCCACGUCCGGCGCUCCGUCUACUGCGACCCAGACGGCUGGGAGCGCGAUCGGGCUGCCGUGGAGGAGGAGUGGCCGGAGCACAAGGACUGCGCCUUGAUGUUGAGCCGGCCGGCCUACCAGGCAAGCCGCCGGCUGCGGCCCGAGGAGUGGACGCGGCGAUACUUGGCGGAGGACGUGGAGCAGCUGCAGCGGCGCAAGCAGCAUCAUGCGGCGAGCGGCGGCCUCUGGCUCACUGCCGCAACCCCAAGGACCCGACGAGGUGUAAGAGCGGCUUCCCCCCAAUUGAUUCUGGGCCGAACGGCUCUGGUCUGCCGCGGCUUGGCCGAGCAGCUGGACCUGCCCGUCAAGGGCAAGCGGAGCUCUUUGGGCCUGCAGUGGCCGGUCAACGACCCGAACCUCAACGGCAACCACCCGGCGCUGCUGGCGGCGCUGCGCUGCAACGGCGACCUCCAAGUGCCUUAUCGGUUCCCCGUGACUAAGGAGACCCACGACGACGCGCUCUGCCAGGAGGAGGCCUGCGUCGGCGACGGCGACGUCAAGCUGCUCGUCCGAGAAGCGCAAAGGACCCAGGCCGCCCAAGCCGGCUACGGCUGCGACUACAUGAACAAGCGGCUGCCCAUUGCCGUGCACGAGCUCAAGGAGUGGCAGAAGGGCCAGCGGGAGCUGGGCAAGGAGUUGAAGGACAAGCCCGCCGGCUAUGUGGGGGCAAGGGUGGCCAAGCGGUUGACCACCGACUGCUACGCCCGCGGCGUCUGCCGCGGCGCGGUGGAGUGCGCCAACCUGACCACGCGCGCGGCGGCCAACGACCCCACCGCGGCCGAGUCCGUCAAGACGGCGACCGUCCACCCGAUCUCCUUGCGAUUUGGCUUCCAGCUCCUGGACGCGGCCGCCGCCGGCGAAGCCUGGCCGACCGAGCCCCAGCAUCUGCGGACGGAUUUGCGGCCGCGCGCUCGGCAAGGGCGCGUGGUCUCCUGCCCCUUCUGGACGUUCUAUGGCGCGCGGGGGCGCGCCGCGCAAGUCUAUGAGCUCUGCGCCUUCGAGUUCGCGCGCCACUUCCGCUUCCAGCAAGCCAAGCGGCCCUUCACUUUGGCGCCGAUGAUGGGCGAGCUCAGCGGCUAUCACGCCGCGCUGACCCACGCCGGGGCGGCGAAGCUUGACAGAAGCGCGCGGGCCAACUUGCAGCCCGGGGUGGACUACAAGAUCCGCGAGGAGGGCGGGGAGGACUGGCUUCCGCUGGGGCACGGGGCGCUCGCCCAGAAGUUCAGACACGACUGGGUCCUCGUGCCCCGGAGCAGGCCCCACGUCCCGGUGGUCCAGGGCGCCCUCGGCGGCCGCUCGGAGGUGGACUACGCGAGGUGCGUCUUGCUGCUCUUCUGCCUGUGGACGACCCACCCCGACGACGCCUCCGCCGCCGUCCCCUACCUGGGCGACCUCUGCAAGCUUGGCGAGACGGAUUGGCGCCGCGCCUUGCGACGCAGGCUGAUUCUCCGUGGCUUCCCGACCGAGGAGGUCAAGUUGUUCGCCCUCAACUUCUGCUUUGUUUACUGUCUGCCCCGCGAGCUGCGGCCCGACCAGCACUUGCAGGAAAACAGCGACAACGAGGUCCAGGACGAGCCCGUGUUCUUCGACAAGGAAGACGGCGAGGUGGAAGACGAAGCCGCGGCCACGCGGCUGUGCGUCAUGACCAAGCAGAUGUUCGACCUGUCUCGGGCCGCCUGGAAGACGGGCGGGGCGGCGAGCGCCUCGCCCGGCCCAAGAAGAGCGCAGCCCGGGCCUGCUCGGCCCGAAGACGAGGAGCUCGACCACGACGCGAUCGCCCAGGCCGCCCGCGCGUCGCGCGGCAAGUCCAGGCUGCCGUUGCUCCCGGGCAUCGGCGUGGCCCCGCAGGAUCCCGAAGCGCAGCCGCUUGGGCCGCGCGUGACCGCGGACGGGCUGCUUGGCUGGCUCGGCAGCGAGCACGUCCAGAGCGGCUUGAACGCCAAGCAACUGGAGCUGCUGCGGGUGGUGGUGGAGAGGGUUCUGGUUGAGCUGGAGCUGGUGCCGCCGGACCACGAGAUCGCUCUGCGGCGGGCUGAGCCCCUGGCCUGGCUUCUGCACGGCCCGCCGGGCGCUGGGAAGUCUCACGUCUUGAAGUUCUUGCGGGAGUUGUUCGAGGAGCAACUUGGCUACGCGCAGGGGAUCGACUACGAGGUGGCGGCGUUCCAGGCCGUCAACGCGGCCGACAUUCGCGGGCGGACCCUCCACAACGCCUGCGGCCUUGGCGUCGACGCGGCCGCGCUGGACCGCGCCGUGAGCCAGGAGGCGGCAAAGAGAAUGAGCUACUGGAGAUGGCUCGUCGUCGACGAGAUCAGCAUGGUCAACGCGCGGUUGCUGGCGCAGGCGCACGAGAACGGGACCGUCUCGCUCGUCGAGCAGCGGCUGCGGGCGGCGGUCCCGUCGGCCAGCCAGUGGAAGCGCGGCGUGGCCGGGGAGUCGCGGCCUUUUGCGGGCGUCAACGUGCUGCUGCUUGGCGACUUCUACCAGCUGCCGCCGCCGAGCGGCGGCUACCUUGCGGACGUGCCCAGCAGCCGGCGGCCGCCGCGACUGAGCACGGCCGCCGAUGCCGAGCCGGACCUCUUGGCGGACUACGGCAGAAACUUGGUGUGGGGCGGCGCCUUGCAAGGCGUGACGGAGCUGGAGGAGCGCAAGCGCAAGGACGACUGGUGGAACGAGGUCGAGAACUGGCGCUACCUCCACGGCAAGCCCGUCGAAGGUUGCCGGCUGACCGCGGCAGAGCGCAAGUCCCGGCGCCGGGUCAUUGCGGGGCCGGGCGACCCGCGCUUGGGAGACGAGAAGUUCCGGUGGGCGGCGGCCAUUGUUGCCAACAACGACGCCAAAUACCAGAUCAACAAGGACCGCGCCGAGGACUACAGCCGCGCGGCCGAGUCGCCACUCCGCUGGUCUGUGGCCCUGGAUGCGCCGUCCGCCGAGGUUCUGCAGACGCAGGAGUGCGACAAGGCUGCGCGGAUCCGGUGGCUCCAGUAUCACGACCGGGACACCGAGAACCUCUCCGGCAUGCUGCCCUUGGCGGUCGGGAUGCGCGUGGUCUUGGCCGACCACCUUGAUCGCUCCGAGGACAAGCUGCUCCUCCGAGGUAGCGCCGGCCGCGUCCACUCCUGGGUCUGGCAGGAGAACGACCUGCGGCCGACCUGCGUCUACGUGAAGUUUGACGGGGCAACCUGGCAGCUUGACAGGGCGCCGGAGCCCGGCCUCUACCCUGUCUACCCCGCCCGCAAGGUCUGGAAGCUGGAUGCCAAGCGAAAGAAGCCGGUCCUCAAGAUCGCGCGGACGCAGCUUCCGCUGGCCCCGGCCUACGCGAUCACGGCCCACGACGGCAGCCAGGGCAAGACGCUCCCCGCGGCGCUGGUGGAGUUCAACGUCGACAAGCGGACCGACGUGACCUUCGGGACCGUGGCUGCGAGCAGGGUUCGCUCCAGGGAGGACGUCUUGAUCUUGAGGCCGUUUGAGCGCUGGCUCUACACGCGCGGCGCGCCGGAGGGCCCAGCCCUCCUGCUGCAGCAGCUGCGAGGCGAGGAGGUGGACUGGGGCGCGUUCAGGGAGACGAAGGCGCCGUCCGCGGCCUGCGAGAAAUGCAAGGAGACGAAGACGCUCGAUUACUUUUCCGACCGUCAGUGGGAGCGGGUCAGAGCCAACCGGUCGGCCAUUUGCCUGGCCUGCGGCCCUGGCAAGGGCGGGCAGAAGACGCUGAAGCGCAAGCUGCCGUCUGGCCUGGCGCGCUUGGAUUGCCGCGGCUGCAAGUCCCGGAAGCUGGAGGACGCCUUCCCGCGCGCGCAGCUCCAGCAAGACGAGUCUGAGGCCAAGCGCCGCUGCUUGAAGUGUUUGAAAGAAGUUCGCGCUUUGAACUGCUCCGUUUGUCUAGGCGAAAAGCCGCUUUCCGAAUUCAACAGCGCGAUGGCGACCAUGCCUUGGGCGGCUGUCUGCGGCCCCUGCGGGAAAAGCGCAAGGCAGCAGCCGAAACCAGGCCGCGCCGGCUGGUUCGCUUGCCGAACUUGCGAAACUUUCCUGCCUCCGCAAGGCGCGGCGAGGGGCGAGGCCAGUGGUCAGCGCCGGCGGUGCUUGAUUGCGCCGCCCGCGGUUCCCGGGCGAAGGAUUGCCACUCUUGUCGCAAAUGCGGGAAGCAGUGGAUCGAGAGGCAAGCCGUGGGCGCGAAUCGCCAGCGGCGCUGCCCAACGUGCAGGGCCAAGUGAUUGCGGGGCGCAGCGCGAGCAAAAAUGGGCGAGCUUGGGGGGUCGGAUUUGCGGCUCGCGGGUUUGGCAUUUCGGGCUUUAA